CUACGCCUUAAAGAAACUCGAUGAACUGAUGCAGGAGGGGUAACGGAAGUAAAUUUCUAUCAUACAGUCAUUUUCACUAUUACUGUUGCAAAGGCAAGGUGUCGAUUGUUUUCAAAAGAAAUAUUUGGAAAUAUUUUUUUCUCUUAACAAUUUGUAGAAGUAUAGAAUUUCUGACCUGAAAAAGAGGAAACAUGAUGAAAAAACAGCAGAUUGGCAUUUCAUCGCGUAGAGUAUCUAGUUCUAAAGAACAUGGGAAUUCAAAAGUGGAAAUUAGAAAUAAAGGCAAAGAUUUGGGAGACAAUAAGGAGAUGAGAUAUCACAUCAGCAAGCAGGAGUGGCAGAAAUAUGAAGGUCUAUUUUACAAAGACUUACAAACAGAUAAUAAAUUACAAAAGGAUUUCAUGCUGGAAAUGGCGAAAAUUCUGAAUAGUUACAUGACUGAUGAGUUCGGCGGGAAGGUAAAAGUAGUGGAUUUUCACCACCCCCACCAGCUUCAGGAGACGAUGAGUGACUGUCUUGCUGUGGAUGCCGACCCCCGGGAUUUACACCAGAUUCUGAGUGAUUGUAAGGAGACCCUGAAGUACUGCGUGAAGUCAGGUCAUCCCCAUUUCCUAAACCAGCUGUCUACGGGUCUGGAUGUAGUGGGCGUGGCCGGGGAGUGGCUGACGGCGACUGUCAAUGCUAAUAUGUUUACGUUUGAAGUUAGUCCAGUAUUUAUACUAAUGGAAGACCUCAUACUACGUAGGAUGCGAUCCUUUGUAGGCUGGAAGGACGGAGGGGAUGGGAUCUUCACCCCAGGUGGUACGAUUUCCAAUCUGUACGCAAUGAUGUUAGCAAGGAACAGGAAAUUUCCGGAAAUGAAGGAGAAUGGGAUGUAUAUUGGACAAAAACUUGUGGUGUACACAUCAGCACAGAGCCAUUUUUCGAUCAAGAAAGCAGCAAUUUUGCUGGGCAUUGGAAUGAAAAAUGUUUGUGCUAUCCCUUGUGAUGAAAGAGGUAAAAUGAAGACGAAUGACCUUGAACGCGAAAUCAAAAAGACUAUCGCCGAGAAUGGUAUCCCUCUCAUGGUGAAUGCAACCUGCGGAUCGACAGUGUUAGGAGCUUACGACCCCGUAGAUAAAAUAGCUGACAUUUGUAACAAAUACGGCAUAUGGCUUCAUGUGGAUGGUGCAUGGGGAGGCUCGGCCUUAUUGUCCAGGAAAUACAAACACCUGCUGCAAGGCGUAAACAGAUGUGAUUCCAUGACCUGGAAUCCUCAUAAAAUGAUGGGAGUACCUUUGCAGUGUUCAGCCAUCUUGGUCCGCCACUCGGGUGAGCUACAAAGAGCAAAUGAGUUGUGUGCAGACUAUCUGUAUCAGACGGACAAAUUCUAUGACGUCACCUACGACACCGGUGACAAGUCUAUUCAGUGUGGUCGACAUAAUGACGUCUUCAAGUUAUGGCUUAUGUGGAGGUCCAAAGGUGACAGUGGUUUUGAAGAUGUCAUAAACAAAAACUUCCAACUAGCUCGGUGUCUUGAGCAAAAAGUCAAAGAAAGGGCGCAUUUUGUACCUGUUCUAGAUGAGAUUGAGGGCCCCAGUGUUUGUUUCUGGUAUGAGCCGCCUCAACUCUUUACACCCAAUCUUACCUCUACGGAACGAAGGGAUCUUCGAAGCAAGGUUGCUCCGAAAAUCAAAGAAUCGAUGACUUUAAAGGGAAGCAUGAUGUUAGCUUACCAACCUCUUGGUGAACUGCCAAAUUUCUUCAGAAUUGCAAUAUCGAAUUCCAGGCUAACAGAGGGAACACUAGAUUGGAUAUUAAAUGAAAUAGAACGAUUGUCGUGUGACAUAUUCUCUCCAGAAGAAAACUUUUGUUGUGAUGAAGUUUCUCGUUAAAAUAAGAUCCAAAAUACAUGUAUGUUUCCUUGUGAGAACUAAGUACAAAGGCUUUUAUAAUAUCUGUUCUCGUUAGACACUGGAAUAAAAAAAUACUAGUUUUGCAAAUAAAUUUCACAAUAUCUGAAUAUUAAGGAUCAUUUUUUGGGGGGUAAUAGAAUGUGCUUUUAAAUUAUUUUUAAUCUUCGAAGAAUUGUGAAUUUGCACCAUGUUCAACAGGUUCCCCCUGAAAAGCACUUUUUCCCCAUUUUUGAAAUUAUUGAAUACUGCAUUGCAAAUGACAGGAGAUACUUUUUUGACUCCUCGCUAUCUGGCCAAUAAAAGGUCUUUAUUUUUUUUUCGGAAGGAGUUUGAUAUUCUAAAAGAAAAAUUCAAGGGUUCAAAGGAGAACAAUAAGGCCACAUAUUAAUUAAAAAGAGAUAAAAUGGUUGUCAAUUAUUUCUUUUAAUCAGUUAAUCACUUUAUAACAGUAUGAGGUAUAACAUUGACAUUAACGCAUUUUUUAGCCAAAGCUGGAUCAAUUUUUCACGUUUUAAGAGGUUCAAUAAUCACUCUUUUAACAUGAAAUUAGAAAUGGAUGUUCUUACAGUUUUAAGUCUUCCAGUGGACAUUUUAUGUUAGAUUUUAUGUUAGAUUUUUUUUCUAGAAAACUGGAAUGAGAAUAGAUAUUAUGAAACCCUGUACUUCAUUCUUUGAAUUGUGAUUUUUUUUUCAUAUCGUAUAAAUAUAGUUUAUUGUUCGCAUUAUUUUAUCAUAUGAUCGUAAGUAUGUAAUAUACGGGGGAAGCUGUCAUAGAUUUAUGAUUUAUUCUCCAUGUUUAAGGUAAAUCUUGGGGAAAAACCCUUCCUGUAGUUAACUUUGAUCUGGAACAAAAGAGGGUUUGAAAUAAUCGAUCUUCAAAUAUAAAUAAACUUAAUGCCAAAAUAAUUUAACUAACACCUAUGUCUAAAUUAGAGUGAAUAUUCAACGUAAUCCUUAGUU